GACGUUUUGUUUCAGUAAAGGCGGUAAAUGGUGAUCGGGGACCGGCCUGGGUUUAGGGUCUGGCUGCAGUUUGCUCGGAGCUUCAGUAACUUUCACCGCGGGGCUGACCGGCGCUUGACGGGGAUGGCGGGGAAGAGAGGCGCGCUGAUCGUGCUGGAGGGGGUGGACAGGGCCGGGAAGACCACCCAGUGCAGCAGGCUGGUUCAGGCUCUGCAGCAGAGCGGCAGGCCGGCGGAGAUGAUGAGGUUCCCCGACAGGACCACGACGAUCGGAAAGCUGAUCAGCGCGUACCUGGAGAAGAAGAGUGAUCUGGAGGACCACACGGUGCACUUGCUGUUCUCUGCAAACCGCUGGGAGCUGGUGCCUUUAAUAAAGAAGAAGCUGGAGCAAGGCAUCACUCUGGUUGUGGACAGGUACGCCUUCUCUGGAGCUGCUUUCACCAGUGCUAAGCCAGGUUUCUCCCUGGACUGGUGCAUGCAGCCUGACGUGGGGCUGCCAAAGCCAGACCUCGUUAUGUUUCUGCAGCUGAGCCCGGCUGAGGCUGCGCUCAGAGGACAGUUUGGACAAGAGAGAUACGAGACGAGUGCCUUCCAAAACAUGGUUCAACAGAGGUUUGAACAGCUGAUGAAGGAUCCGACGGUAAACUGGCAGGUGAUCGAUGCCGCGCAGAAUAUUGAAAGUGUUCACAGAGACAUCACGGCCCACAGUGUUAACGCCAUCAAGGAGGCACAGAACCUGCCGGUUGGAGAGCUCUGGAAGUGAACUCUGAGGACUAAACCUCCUGAACCCCACAGACUCUGACCACAAUAUAACACCCCACAUUUUUAUAAUUAAAGAGACUGAUUUUAUUUUUACUUUGUAAUCCUUACAUGUCUAUUGUUCUGCCACCUGCCUAUAUACUGUUUUGAUUAAAUAAAUAAUCUUCAAAUGAA